UAAAUUUUUAAAUUCGUACAAAGUCGAAAUUUUUUGUAAAUAAUUUUUUUUUUCAAAAAUGGGAGUAAAGGGUAAAGAGAAAAAAAAUUUUGAUAAAUUGACUAAAACCCUUCGACCACAACCUAAAUCACGUUUCCUUCCUGGACAGGUUCCAGAUUAUGUAGAAAAAGAUGAUUUAAAAUUAUACACGGAACAUCGUGUAAAUGUUACGUACGCUAAUCCAAAAAUUGACAAUAAACCACCAAAAUUUCCACUCGAUAUUUAUUACAACGAAAAGAAAUUAUUGGAAAUUGCAAAACGAUUUAAAAAUUUAGACAAUGAAAAUAUGAAUCUCAUGGAAAAAUUAAAUAUAAUUCACCGUUCUAAGCCAAAAGUAGAAUGUUGGAAUAACACGAUUGCAACAUACAAAGAUAAAAUUAAAGAAAGAAUUGAAAUUAAUAAAGAUAUUUUCUAUUAUAAUAAAAAAUUGUUGUACAAAAUUGAAAAUAUAACUUCUGAUUAUUCUAGAAAAAAUCACAUGAUUGAUUGGAAGAAGAAUAAAGCUAUUAUAGAAAAAAUGCAAAACUUCUUUUGUUUCAGAUACCCUUCGCCAUUGACUAAUUUUAGAUGAAUCGCAAACAUUUCAAUAAUCAAAGGACCAAUAAAGAAUGAAGAUCCAACUAUUCAAACCAAAUAUUCCUUUGAAAUACAACUUGUAAUACAGAUAAAGCGAAAUGUUGCCAAAAUGAACAAUUCCCAAUUAAAUCGAGUGAAAUAAUAAUUUUAUUUUA